ACCAAACGCUCUUCAAUUUCUCUGCCCGCCAUUAAUGGAAACUGGAAAUCACAUAUCUGCAUACUUGUGUAAUUCAUUUAAGUUUAAAUUCAGCCAUGCAAUUCAAAUUCUGUAUAUAAAGGGGCCUACCGUAGCAGUGCUUCUUCGCAUUGUUCCACAAUGAAGUGCGAAGGCCACGACCGCGAUGUUGCGGAUUACCGGAGGCCGCGGCGGAGGAGAGAAAUCUGCCGGAGUUUCACUUGUAUUUCGCCAUCGUUUAUCUUCUGGCGUUGGUUCAAUGGCGGGAAAUCUAGGGUUCCGAGAACGAAAUUCGCGGAGAGAAAUUGGGGAAAGGGGGAAAUCGACGCGGAUCUAGAUGUACAGAGAGAAAUUGGAGUAGUAUCUCCUUCCACGGAAGAUUUUUCAGAGAUUGGGAAAGAGGCUACGUUCAACCUUGGGGUUGGGUAUGGUCUGAUCUAUCUUGUUAGAAUUGAGCUCAGGAAGAUGGCUGAGCUGCGGGAGAGAAUCGAAUCGCUGCUGCAACACUUCCAAACAGAAAUUGAAAAUCAAGGCGACGAUCAUCUUCAUAUGCGCUCUGCAUCCAGCAUUUGUUCUUCUCUUACUAACAACCAUGUCCAGGAAAUCCUGUAUGCCGAGGAGCACAAUUCGGUUCAAUGUUCAUCUCCAAAUGAUGUUAAUCAGCCUGAAAUUGGUUUUCGUUGCGAUCAAUUUAGGAGGCAGGGUAGUAGUUCGAGAAUGGAUCAACUCGAGGCAGAACUGGAAGCUGAACUCGGUCGCUUACAUCUCCCGGAAAAAGGAGAAUUUUCAUAUCCAGAGUUAAAUGAGGAGCAAAAUGGUGCUGAAUUGAGCCUCAACAUGUGCCGCGAAGAACACGAAUUUAGCCGGGACGAGUUCCACGGCGUAUCUCCGAGAGAUCUGGAGAGAAAACUGUACCAAGUGCUGGAGGUGAGGCAGCAGGAAAAGAUAAACGAGCUUGAAUCAGCUCUAGACUACGCAGUGCAGCAGCUAGAGGAGAAAGAAACAGAGGUUCUGAUGUGGAGAGACGCGGCACGCCUCGUUGCUCAGCACCUUCCCGCCUUCGCCGCCAUGUCGGCGCAGGUGUGAAUGGAACCAGGAUUUGAAGUUGUUGAAAGAGGCACAAAUCUGGGAAUCAAGUCUGUAUAGAAAUACAAUAUGAACAUCCUAACAAUGUAGUAGGAAAUGUUGGGGCGUAAUUGUUAGUUUCCUGAAAGUUUUGGGUUUCUUUGUUAAAUAUUUUUCAGUCACUUCUUUAAUUUGCAGGAAUGUAAGGGCGAGAAUGAGAUAUCUAAGUAUGAGCGUGGGCCUAUUUCUCGAAUCGUGGGCCCAAAAUAACAAUGAACUAUAUACUUCCCAACUCCAUAUUUGUAAAGCCCAAAUCU